CUCUAAGUAAGAAUCAUAUUUCUACAUUAAAAUCAAACAAUAUGAAUCUUAUGGACUUGCUUUCGGGCGAUCCUCCUUCUUCAAUUUAUUCCACCAAUGAACUAGAAAAGGAUAGUGUUCUACAACUACCUAAUGAUAACUUAAGUAAGAAUAAUGUGGUGAACCUUAGUCAAGAAGUAGAACAACCAAAUAAUGGAAUCUAUUAUUUACCAACCACUUUAACAAGAUUACAAAAGGAAUUAAUGGAAUUAGUAGUAAAGAUGUUUAGUCCUGAACUUUUAAAUGAAUUAACCACCAAAAAGAGUAGAACUAGUAUUGAUAGUUUACUAGAUUCAAGUAGUAAUGCUGAACAUGAAAGUCAAACAUAUGAUAAAAUAGCUUUAUUGUUAGAUCAAUUACAAACAAUCGAAAGUCAUCCUUCAUUACUUGUAGAUCAUUUCAUGCCUAAAAAAUUACUACUUCUGGAAACCAGUGAAAGACUUCUUAGUAUGUCAGGGAAAUUACAAUUAUUUAAUCGUAUUGUCGAUUUUUUAGUUGAGAAAUGUGAUUAUGAAACAGGUUUUCAUGUUUUAAUAGUAGCUCAAAGUGUUAAAGAAUUAGAGUUGGUAGAGGGAAUAAUAGUUGGAAAGGAUUUGAAUUACAGAAAUUUAAGUACAGCUAAAUUAUAUGAUGAUGGGAAAUCUAUUCCUGAUUAUAAAAAUAAAUCACUCCUCAACAAAGAUGCUAAAGUAUGCUUAUAUCUAGCAACUUCUCAACAACUUUAUAACAAAUAUACUCUGUCAGUUGGUACUGUGAAUUCGAAAUUUAAUUUAAUAUUUUCUCUUGAUUCAAAAUUAGAUGUUAGUAGUCCAAGUAUUGAAUUAAUUAGAUCAGAGACAAUCGAGACCCCUAUCAUAAUACCAAUCCCAGUUUUUUCAUUAGAACAUAUAAGUUUACAAAUCCCUCAACCAGCACAAAACUAUAACUAUUCCAAAGAUACAAAUAGUUCAUUGUUUAAAUGGAAUCUUCGAAUGGUAAAGACUUUUAUAGUAAAUCGAUUUCAUUUAUUUGAAUCUAAUGAACAAAGCUUCUUCAAAGAUCAAUAUGGUGGGAGUAUUAAAACCAUUCAAUCUUGGUUUCCAUCAUGGACAAAUUUAAGACUCCCUGGAGGUUUAUUACAAUCAUUUAAUGAUCAAUUGGCUAUUAAUUUUACUGAUGAAAAAUUAAUUAAAAAGAUUCAUUCAAAUUAUUCAUCUUUAGAAAUUCCACCUAUUGCUAUAGACUUUACUAAUUUUUCUUAUAAGAAAUAUAAAGUCGCUUUAGCUGAAUCAUUAAACUAUAGAAUUAUACAAGUUGAAGAAGAAGUUGCUAAAACUUAUGGAACCAAGAUUCCUGAGUUUAGAAUUGAAGAAAGUAAACGUCAAUUAAGAUUAGAUGAAGAUGAAGAAAUUGUAGCGACAAGUUAUAGAAAGUUAAGAAGAUUAAAUGAAGAUGCUGGAUUUGCUGAGAAGAAAAUUAAUAAAAUAGAUUCUGAUUUAUCCAAAUCUAAUGAUAAGAAAGUUGAACUUGAAAGGAAAUUAGCAUAUUUGGAAGAGCAAAAAUCUAAACCAUUAACAGAAGAUGAUUUAACUAAACAAUCAGAUACUAUUGAAAAAUUAAAAGAAGAAAUGAAGAAUUUGCUGGAAGAAUUAACUAAAUUAGAAACAGAAAAUGAAGGUAUUCGUGAUAAAUAUCAAACUAGUUCAGCUACAGCAGCCCUGAUAGCUGCUAAGCUUGCAAAAUUUACUAAACAAAAUAAAAAAAUCACUGAUAAAAUGGAAGGACCAGGUAUGAAAGUAUUACCAGAACUUAUUAAAAAGGAUACUUUGAUAAACUAUGAGUAUCAAUUAAGUAAGUUAAAGAAUGAUAAUGAAUUUAUUUCUCUGUUUAUUCAAGAUAGAAUAGAUGGGGUUAGUAGAGAAAGACAAGCAAUACUUGAAGCAUCAACAACUGGUUCAAGUAGUAGACCAAGUAAUCGUAUAAGUAGAGCAUCUACGCCUUUGACUUAGUUGGGUACAAACAAACAAACAAACAAAUACAUAUAUAUGGCAUGUAUAUUGUAACUAUAUAAUAAUAUUAACUCUAUAUUAAUAACU